GCCUCAAAAAUCUCAGCGCCAAAAGAAAAUGGCGACACAACCUUGGCCUCCUUGGAAGCACUGUGGAUGGGAGAGUAAAGAAGGUAGAGGAGGGCACUCAGGGCCUCACAACACAAUCCCAAAAGCUUGAAGCCCAAAAUGCAGAGCUCCAACACACCCAGUCCUCGCUUACCAAUAGCCUGGAAUCAAUGGAGGAUAGACACAGGAGCCGGAAUGUCAAAAUACGGGGCAUCCCGGAGACCGUGAUACCAGAAGACCUGACACAAUAUGCCAGGAGGCUUAUUGCGACAAUACUCACGCCACAACAGGAGAAACAAACCAUGAUCGAUGGGGUAUACCGCAUCCCGAGAGCUACCAGAGCCCCUGCAGACUCCCCAAGAGAUGUUAUCCUACAGUUCCAAACGAGGUCGGCUCAACUCACUCUCAUGGCAGCA